GUGGUUUAAUAAUUAAUUUAAAAUGGCUACCAGUGGAGAGGUAAGAGAGAGAGGUGAGGCCAUAGCUGCCGGUAGGAGCGAGUCAGCAGUAAAGAAACUGUUUGGUAGCUUAGAAGAGCUGCAGAACAAACUGAAAACAAGAGGAGACGAUGAAUACGGUGAGAGGUUGUUGGAAGAGGCUGAAGUGGUUGCAGAGUGUCUGGCCUAUCACACUAGACAAUACACAACAGCACGUGGAGAUAUAUUUGAUAUAUCAGGUGCUUUAUGGAAAGCUAUUCAAAGUAUUGUCCCACUCAAGAAAGAAGUUGAAGCUUUACGAGAAAUCAAUAAAAACUUUAAACUGAUAGAAGCUGGAAUAGACCCAUCUCCAGUUGAACUGCCUCCUGUUGGUAGACCUGGUAGGAGCUCAUCAUACGAGGACUUUAAACAAAGCAAGCUCCAGGAGACAGGGGGUGGGGCUCCGAUGAGCAGUGGGCGGAGUGAGGGAGGGUCAGUCCCAGCUUCUCCCACUCCUAGCUUUGGUAUACGUAAAGCUAAGAGUGAUCCUGAUGUUAACAAACACAACCUUAUGAAAGACUUAGAGUCCAUGCGUGUUGAUAUUAAGAGGCUCAAAGGAAGUGAAAAGAAGCUGUUGAAGGACAAGCAGUUGCUAGGGAGGAAGUGUAAGCUACUGGAGGAGGAGAGAGACAGAGCAGAGGACAGACUAAAGAUUGAACAAACACAAAGAGACUCUAUUGAGAAAUUAAGACAGAGGAACAGAGAGUUGGAAGAACAAGUUAACAAAUUAAAGAGAAGACAAGUCAUCAAAGAGAGGGAAAAGGGAGAGAAUGAAUGAAACUGAUUUUUGCAUUUAAAGAAUUAAUUAUUUUCUUUUUAGUAACUUUAAUUAAUCAAUUAUCUCUCACAUUAUUCAUUACUAAUUCUUUUGAAGUAAAAGCCAUCUUGAGAACUA